CCCCGCCCACCCCCCGGCUUGCUUCGCCUCCGCCCUCCGGAAGAGAAGAUCCCCACUUUGGAAACAAUCGGAGCCCGGAGCACCCCAGCAAAGCCAAACCCUGACGCGCUGCUGUGCAUGUGUUGGCCCCUCUUGCAGUUGAUUCUGGGCCUGUGUGGAAUAGAAAGACGGUUAUCUCUGUGGGAAGGAAGGGAAAGGGACGACUCCUCGAGGUUUCCAAGGAGGACUGGAGCGGCUGCUUGAGUGAAGAAAUGAAGAGUCAAAGAAGCAAUGGACCUGCUUCAAAGCCACACCACUAGGAAAUCUUGAGGAGUUUGACACUUUUCAUCUUCCAGCCAUUAAUCAUCUUUUGGGGGGAGGCUUUACAUUGAAAGAAGUAAAAGGCAACCAGUUCCUGGCCUGUGAUAUUUCAGAUAAGGGGUUCUGACUGACAGCAUGUUGGCACCAGCCUUGAAGGACGCCAUGGACUUCAGCUCCAGGUUCCUGUCCUGAGACCACAGCAGGAUGUGCCUUGGACAAAGGCGUGGACUCCUAGACCAUCUGGUGACUUCAAAGACCUGGUCUCAGGGUGGUGAACUUCUUCUUUGAAUUCCCAACCUGUGAGCUCAUGAUGAUGGUGCCCCUGCAUUAGCUGAGCAACUGUGGUUUUGAAUUUCUUGAGGCCAGGGACUGUUUAAAGACACAGUGACUAAUACAAGGGAGACAUCUGUUGUGCACCCGUGGGAUCUAAAGAACAAGCUCUGAAAGUGUUCAACCUGAAAUUCCAGACCGGACAGACUCGCUGUGGCUUCAGAGGCAGUGAUUCCAAGCUGCCAGCGCGUGCUGCUGCCAAGCUGCAGGAUGGUGCACAUGGCCAGGCCACUGCUGCUGCUGCUCGCAUUCCUCCUCCUUGCCGAUGCUGAGACACCUCCAAGGUUUACACGAACUCCUGUUGAUCAGACAGGGGUGUCUGGUGGAGUUGCGUCUUUCAUAUGCCAAGCUACCGGAGACCCAAGACCUAAAAUUGUCUGGAACAAAAAAGGAAAGAAAGUCAGCAACCAGAGAUUUGAGGUAAUAGAGUUUGACGAUGGAUCUGGAUCAGUUCUCAGAAUACAGCCCUUACGGACUCCACGGGAUGAGGCCAUUUAUGAAUGUGUGGCCUCAAAUAAUGUGGGAGAAAUAAGUGUAUCCACAAGACUCACAGUUUUGCGUGAGGAUCAAAUUCCCAGGGGCUUCCCAACCAUUGACAUGGGCCCACAGUUGAAGGUGGUAGAGCGUACACGCACUGCCACCAUGCUUUGUGCUGCCAGUGGCAAUCCGGAUCCAGAAAUCACUUGGUUUAAAGAUUUCUUACCUGUCGACACAAGCAACAACAACGGUCGUAUUAAGCAGUUACGAUCAGGUGGUACACCAAUAAGAGGAGCCCUUCAGAUCGAACAGAGUGAAGAAUCUGACCAAGGAAAAUAUGAGUGUGUUGCCACCAACAGCGCGGGCACUCGCUAUUCUGCCCCUGCCAAUUUAUAUGUCAGAGUUCGCCGUGUCCCACCAAGAUUCUCUAUCCCACCCACUAAUCAUGAAAUCAUGCCAGGUGGAAGUGUUAAUAUCACCUGUGUGGCUGUGGGGUCACCAAUGCCUUAUGUGAAGUGGAUGUUGGGGGCAGAAGAUCUGACACCUGAAGAUGAUAUGCCAAUAGGAAGAAAUGUCCUAGAACUGAAUGAUGUAAGACAGUCAGCAAAUUAUACCUGUGUUGCUAUGUCUACACUGGGUGUCAUUGAAGCAAUAGCACAGAUCACUGUCAAAGCCUUACCCAAACCUCCAGGAACUCCAGUAGUGACUGAGAGCACAGCUACAAGCAUUACACUGACAUGGGACUCUGGGAACCCUGAGCCGGUCUCUUACUACAUCAUUCAGCAUAAACCUAAGAACUCUGAGGAACCUUACAAAGAAAUUGAUGGGGUGGCGACCACACGCUACAGUGUUGCUGGACUAAGUCCCUACUCAGAUUAUGAAUUCAGGGUUGUUGCUGUCAAUAACAUUGGGCGAGGACCUCCCAGUGAGCCUGUGCUAACACAGACCUCAGAGCAAGCUCCAUCCAGUGCCCCGAGGGAUGUCCAAGCACGCAUGUUGAGUUCAACCACCAUUUUGGUACAGUGGAAGGAACCUGAGGAGCCAAAUGGACAGAUCCAGGGAUACAGAGUAUAUUAUACAAUGGAUCCCACUCAGCACGUCAAUAACUGGAUGAAACACAAUGUAGCUGACAGCCAAAUCACCACAAUUGGCAACCUUGUGCCCCAGAAAACAUAUUCUGUCAAAGUGCUGGCUUUUACCUCAAUUGGAGAUGGUCCUCUCUCAAGUGACAUACAGGUCAUCACUCAGACGGGAGUACCAGGGCAGCCAUUAAAUUUCAAAGCAGAACCUGAGUCUGAAACAAGUAUUUUGCUGUCGUGGACACCUCCUCGUUCAGACACCAUCGCCAACUAUGAACUGGUGUACAAAGAUGGGGAGCAGGGAGAGGAGCAACGAAUUACCAUUGAGCCAGGAACAUCUUAUAGGUUGCAAGGCCUGAAACCAAACAGCUUGUACUACUUCCGUCUGUCUGCUCGCUCCCCUCAAGGCCUGGGUGCUUCUACAGCUGAGAUAUCAGCUAGGACCAUGCAGUCAAAGCCGUCAGCUCCUCCUCAAGACAUUAGUUGCACCAGCCCAAGUUCCACUAGUAUUUUGGUAAGUUGGCAACCUCCACCAGCGGAAAAACAGAAUGGCAUUAUCACGGAAUACUCCAUCAAGUAUACCGCAGUGGAUGGGGAAGACGACAAACCUCACGAGAUUUUGGGAAUUCCUUCGGACACUACCAAAUACCUUUUGGAACAGCUGGAAAAAUGGACUGAAUACCGGAUCACUGUGACGGCCCACACAGAUGUCGGCCCUGGUCCCGAGAGCUUGUCCGUGUUGAUUCGAACCGAUGAAGAUGUUCCUAGUGGUCCUCCUCGCAAAGUCGAGGUAGAGGCUGUCAACUCAACAUCUGUUAAAGUCUCAUGGCGCUCACCUGUGCCCAACAAGCAGCAUGGCCAGAUCAGAGGAUACCAGGUGCACUAUGUGAGGAUGGAAAAUGGAGAGCCCAAGGGCCAGCCCAUGCUGAAGGACGUCAUGCUGGCUGAUGCACAGUGGGAAUUUGAUGAUACUACUGAACAUGAUAUGAUCAUUUCUGGGCUACAACCUGAAACUUCCUACUCCCUCACAGUCACAGCCUACACCACCAAAGGAGAUGGUGCACGCAGCAAGCCUAAACUGGUGUCCACCACGGGGGCAGUUCCAGGGAAACCCCGGCUUGUGAUUAACCACACACAGAUGAAUACUGCCCUCAUUCAGUGGCACCCUCCCGUGGACACAUUUGGACCCCUUCAAGGCUACCGUCUAAAAUUUGGCCGCAAAGAUAUGGAGCUGCUCACUACUCUUGAGUUCUCUGAAAAAGAAGAUCAUUUUACAGCCACAGACAUCCACAAAGGAGCAUCUUAUGUGUUCAGGCUCUCAGCCAGGAACAAAGUGGGCUUCGGGGAGGAGAUGGUAAAGGAAAUCUCUGUUCCAGAAGAAGUACCAACUGGAUUCCCUCAAAACCUCCACUCAGAAGGCACCACUUCAACCUCUGUGCAGCUAUCCUGGCAGCCACCUGUCCUGGCAGAGAGAAAUGGCAUCAUCACCAAGUACACCCUUCUCUAUAGGGACAUCAACAUCCCCCUUCUUCCAAUGGAGCAGCUUAUUGUUCCAGCUGACACCACUAUGACACUCACUGGCUUAAAACCAGAUACCACAUAUGAUGUAAAAGUACGUGCUCACACGAGCAAAGGGCCCGGGCCAUAUAGUCCCAGUGUCCAGUUCAGGACACUGCCUGUGGAUCAAGCAGUGUUUGCAAAAAAUUUUCAUGUCAAAGCAGUAAUGAAGACUUCAGUGUUGCUGUCUUGGGAGAUCCCAGAGAAUUAUAAUUCCGCCAUGCCUUUCAAAAUUCUUUAUGAUGAUGGGAAAAUGGUAGAAGAAGUGGAUGGCCGAGCCACACAGAAGUUGAUUGUCAACCUGAAGCCUGAGAAGUCGUAUUCAUUUGUGCUUACAAAUCGUGGAAACAGUGCCGGCGGGCUGCAGCACCGGGUAACAGCAAAGACUGCACCAGAUGUGCUACGGACCAAGCCUGCCUUCAUUGGGAAGACCAAUCUGGAUGGCAUGAUUACUGUGCAACUGCCUGAAGUUCCUGCAAAUGAGAAUAUAAAAGGUUAUUACAUAAUAAUUGUGCCUUUGAAGAAAUCUCGUGGGAAAUUUAUCAAGCCAUGGGAGAGUCCCGAUGAAAUGGAAUUAGAUGAGCUGCUUAAGGAGAUAUCUAGGAAACGCAGAAGCAUCCGUUACGGGAGAGAAGUUGAAUUGAAGCCAUAUAUUGCAGCUCACUUUGAUGUCCUGCCCACUGAGUUCACCCUGGGGGAUGACAAGCAUUAUGGUGGAUUUACAAACAAGCAGCUCCAGAGUGGUCAAGAAUAUGUCUUCUUUGUGUUAGCAGUGAUGGAACAUGCAGAAUCUAAGAUGUAUGCAACCAGCCCCUACUCUGACCCCGUUGUGUCCAUGGAUUUGGAUCCACAGCCCAUCACAGAUGAAGAAGAAGGCUUGAUCUGGGUUGUAGGUCCCGUCCUUGCAGUGGUCUUUAUCAUCUGCAUUGUCAUUGCUAUUCUUCUUUAUAAAAGGAAGAGGGCAGAGUCUGACUCCAGAAAGAGCAGCAUCCCAAACAGCAAGGAGGUCCCUUCACACCACCCAACUGAUCCUGUAGAACUGAGGCGCCUUAAUUUUCAAACACCAGGUUCAGAUGAUUCCGGUUACCCUGGUAACCUUCAUCCUUCAAGUAUGGCUAGCCAUCCUCCAAUACCUAUUUUGGAACUUGCAGAUCACAUUGAAAGGUUGAAAGCAAAUGACAACUUGAAGUUUUCCCAGGAGUAUGAGUCAAUUGACCCUGGCCAGCAGUUCACAUGGGAACAUUCAAACUUGGAAGUAAACAAACCAAAGAAUAGAUAUGCAAAUGUAAUCGCAUAUGAUCAUUCCCGCGUUCUCCUAUCAGCAAUAGAAGGCAUCCCAGGAAGCGACUAUGUGAAUGCCAACUACAUAGAUGGUUAUAGGAAGCAAAAUGCCUAUAUUGCAACCCAGGGAUCUCUCCCCGAAACGUUUGGGGACUUUUGGAGAAUGAUAUGGGAGCAACGGAGUGCCACUGUUGUCAUGAUGACAAAACUAGAAGAAAGAUCCAGGGUGAAGUGUGACCAGUAUUGGCCCAGCAGGGGCACAGAAACCCAUGGACUGGUCCAAGUGACGUUGCUCGAUACUGUGGAGUUGGCUACAUAUUGUGUUCGAACAUUUGCACUUUAUAAGAAUGGGUCCAGUGAGAAGAGAGAAGUGAGACAAUUCCAGUUCACCGCCUGGCCUGAUCACGGCGUGCCAGAACACCCUACACCUUUUCUGGCUUUCUUACGGAGAGUCAAAACGUGUAACCCUCCUGAUGCAGGACCAAUGGUUGUGCAUUGCAGUGCGGGAGUCGGCCGAACUGGUUGUUUCAUCGUAAUAGAUGCCAUGUUAGAAAGAAUAAAGCAUGAAAAAACUGUAGAUAUUUAUGGCCAUGUAACUUUAAUGAGAGCCCAGAGGAAUUACAUGGUUCAAACGGAAGACCAAUACAUCUUUAUCCACGAUGCACUGUUAGAAGCAGUGACUUGUGGAAAUACCGAAGUGCCAGCUAGAAACUUGUAUGCCUACAUUCAGAAGCUGACACAAAUAGAAGCAGGAGAGAAUGUCACAGGAAUGGAGCUCGAGUUUAAGCGUCUAGCCAGCUCAAAAGCUCACACCUCAAGAUUCAUCAGUGCCAAUCUCCCAUGUAAUAAAUUCAAAAAUCGCCUUGUUAAUAUUAUGCCAUAUGAAUCCACAAGGGUAUGCCUGCAGCCUAUCCGAGGAGUAGAAGGGUCUGAUUACAUCAAUGCCAGUUUUAUUGAUGGAUACAGGCAACAGAAAGCCUACAUUGCUACCCAGGGGCCCUUGGCAGAGACCACCGAAGACUUUUGGCGGAUGCUCUGGGAACACAAUUCCACCAUUGUCGUGAUGCUCACUAAGCUGCGUGAGAUGGGCAGAGAGAAAUGUCAUCAGUACUGGCCAGCAGAACGAUCUGCAAGAUAUCAGUACUUUGUUGUAGAUCCCAUGGCUGAGUACAACAUGCCACAGUAUAUCCUAAGGGAAUUCAAGGUCACAGAUGCCAGGGACGGCCAGUCCCGAACAGUGAGGCAGUUCCAGUUCACUGACUGGCCAGAACAAGGAGUGCCAAAAUCUGGAGAAGGAUUUAUUGACUUCAUCGGCCAAGUUCAUAAAACAAAAGAGCAGUUUGGCCAAGAUGGACCCAUUUCAGUCCAUUGCAGUGCGGGUGUUGGAAGAACCGGAGUCUUCAUCACACUCAGCAUCGUCUUGGAAAGAAUGAGAUAUGAAGGAGUUGUAGAUAUCUUCCAGACUGUCAAAAUGUUAAGAACACAACGGCCAGCCAUGGUACAGACUGAGGAUCAGUAUCAGUUUUGCUAUCGAGCCGCACUAGAGUACCUGGGCAGCUUUGAUCACUAUGCAACGUAGAAACCCUUGACCCAUUCUGGAUUUUUACUGCAGGCCCUUCAGUAUCCAUGGAGUCUCUUCUGAGCCAUACAGGGCACUUGAGAAGUCCUUCUUAACUUCUAGCUAACAACCACAUAGUGGGACUAUUACACACAAAACAAAUGAAAAACAAACUAUUCCAGGUGGACCAAGAAUCCAGUUUAAUAAUCUAACCUGAAAAAUAUUACAGAGAAUCCUGACUUAUGGGGCAUCUGAAGGAUUUUAUCUACAGAUACCUCAAGGAUUCAAAACAAAGGGAAGAAGAAAUCACAGCAAAGAACCACCAUCUUGUUCAGGAUUGCUUGAUAGAUGCAAGACGUUUGCUGGUGUGGCUUCUCUCAGACAAAUGGACUGUGCUUUGGCAUCGCCCCUUCCCACCAUAUGCUCAUAAUAACAUUUUAGGAAGAAACGGGGUGGGGGGGAGGGAAUGUUUAAAAAGAAAGUCCUUGGUUUAGUUUUUUAGUAUUGUAAAGAUACUGCUGACCUGUGCUUCAUUUCUAACUGUGUAAACUUUUUUUUAACAAAAUGUAUCAUUCGAUAAAGUGGAUUUUAAAAAAAAGUUACAUAAUUCUUCAUUUUUUUAUUUCCAAAUUGUAGGUUUUUUUAAGCUGUAGAACUGUUAUCUGUAAUUUCUUGCUGUAGAAAUAUCAAAUAAUUUGAAACUUUGCACAUUUUUGUGCAAUACACUUAAUCUACGUUAUUGAUUUGUCAGAUAUUACUUUUACAUUUCUGUUCAGUUUUGGGUUAGUGAGAAAGUACCCAUUCUUGUCAGACAAUUUUGUUUUGUUUUGUUUUGGGAAUCAACAGGGAGGCGCAAAGUAUAAAGUUGCUGCUAACAUAUAUACAUAUAUAUCCAUAUUUUAUGAGGGUGUCUAUGUAUAUAUAGACAGUAUGUCCACUCCAAAAGAUAGAUACAGCUGUCAUUUUAGUUCUCCCAUGAUUUAGUUUUUUAAAGGUAGAAAAGCUAUUAUACUCAUGUUUUUCAAUUUUUUCUUAAUUUUAUGAGACAUGGAUAUUUCUUAAUAUCACAGAACUUUAAUUUUUCAAAGGGAAAUGAGGAAUGCACAUCAGUGAUUGCCAAACCUCACCCCCUAAUUUCCUACCCCAUUGCCCUCCACCCACCUGGUCCUUUCACAAAUACUGUUUUCUUCACCAGGCUUCCAACAAAAUUCAAUAUUUCUAAACACUCUAGUGCAAUAAAAAUUAUUGAAUAUCUAAGAGGUGUGCAUGUGGGAAAGGUCAGUGCAUAUCCCUUUAGGAGGGGAGAAUGUUGUAAUAUAUCAGCUAUCAAGUCGUUUUUAAAAAGUGUAUUCAAUCGUAUAUUGUCUAUAGUAUGUGCUAUGAAAUUUGCAUUUAUGAUAUGUAACAGGGGCAAAGCCAAACUCAUGUUACUCUGUUCAGUCAGAAUCAUUUUGUGGCAUACAGCAUUCCUGGGAAGUGCUGUACUUUGUUUUGCUUUGGUUUUAGUUUUGCAUUUAGAGUGCCUUAUAAUUGAUGCCUAUUUUAAUAGCAUUUCUUUUUACCUUUUGGUUCAUGUUUCCAUUAGUUGUUCAUUUUCUGUUACUCUUUCAAUUAAAGCAUUAUCUGUUUACCACAUGUACAAAAACUCUUUGAAUAAUAUGCAUUCCUAGUUUUCAGCCAAGUAGAAGAUGGUAGUGAUUUUACCAGCCCAAAGCACUUGGAUAAUCAGGGCCCUUUUUCCUUUCAUAACUGUCAACAUCAGGAAAAGCUACUUGUUUUAUUUAUAAUCCCUUCCAAAUCUACUCGGGAACAUGCAGUAACUGCACCAAACUUAUUUUAGUAGCAAACAUCAUUGGCAAUUUAGAAUGGAUUCGCUAUUCCAUUAGGAUUUUUCUAAAAGGCCAGAUAAACAAUAUAUAUCUCCGACAUGAUUCUUCCACCAUAAUUUCUCUAGGAAGCCAUGAAUGAUGGCAUGAGCUUGCCACGUCCCACAUGAUUUUAAAGAACGUUCAAAAACUCCAUGGAACUCUAAAAGCAUUUUGGUAUAGAUAUGAUACUUUGGUUUAAUUUUUGCUUCAUGGAUAUUCUGCAUGAAAGGAUUUUUGUUUUCAUGUUUUCCCAUCACUAGCAGAAUGAAAUCCAAGAGACCAAACACUUGCAAGCAUCAUAUUUGAGCACUUUUAUAAAAAAAAAUAAAAAGAAAAAAAAGAAAAAAGCUAUAUAAUUCUUAAAAAAAAAAGUAUCUAGAAGGCUACCUCAGAAUGAGACUCUCUAAUCUACAUCAGAACCAGAGAAGAAUGUGCACUAUGUGGGUCUGUUAUUGUUUUCUUUCAGUUUGUAUCUUUUGGAGAUUUAUCCAAGUGCCAGAUUACUCAGUGCUGUAAUUUUCUUUAAUGAAACAAAGGGGGUCAGACAGACAUUGCAUCAACCAGACAUGCCAUGUUGGACAUGUAGACUCGGAUGGAGUAUUGCACACCAAAACGACUGACCAAUGAGCAGUUUGUCUCCCUGAAACAAACACUGCCCAUUUGGUAAAAGGGAAGGACGGCACUAAUCACCAGAAGGAAACGAAUGGGAUGCAUACCAUAGACGAAUGAGGCGGAGACUAUUCCAAAAAUCUCACUGUUCAGGAGCUGUUCCUAGAACUAACUCCCUUACUGUCAUUGAUGUGCAUUCCACUCUAUAUUUUUCUGUACAACCAUUCAAUUUUUAAUUUCCCAGGUAAACAUCUUUAUCUGUCAUUUCAAUAACCUUUCCGGUUUCCGAUUAUUUUCAUCGCCAUAACCAGUACGGUGCUAUUAUUUACCUAUGUAUGUGUAGUUAUGUAUAAUUUUGUAAUUAGUUACAAUGGUAAAAAAAUCAAAAUAUAUAAAAAGUGAUUUGUACAGAACUUUAUUUUAGCUCUUUUUUAAAAAUGAUUUGCAUGGUUAGACAACGGCGAGGACAGCCAGGGGAGGGAAGGGCCUCUAGGGAGCUUUGCACUUUCUAUACCUUUGUACUAUGCACUGCCCUAUUGAUUCUACACCCAAUAAUGUUAUUACUUGAACCCAUCUGUAAGAAACUGCUUCAGAAAUUCAUUUAUGUGUAUGUAAAUAACACAAUAUAGAAACAGGAAAGGAAAAAAUCUGCAGUAAUGCACAUUUUUUUUCUUUCCUGUUUGUCUUCAUUUUGCUUUGUUUUUAUCCUUUAUCCACUUUAUUUUGAAUUCCCUGUUCAUUUUCCUUUUGGGGUUUUGAUUUCCUUUUUGGUUCAUGAGUGCCCUGAUACUCCAGCAGAGAUCAGAAGGCUACAGAUCCAUCCUAUCCAUCCGUUACGUGGCUUUGCCAUCCAAGCUUGGAGUGUCUUUACAAAGAUAACAGUUGUGUUCUUUGCUCUCGUUUUGGAUGCAUAGACUGAAAAACUUAAAAAAAAUAACUUGUAAAAUGGCUUGUUAAAAAAAUACAAUUACCUCUAAUUAGUAGUACGCGUAAAUGUUUUACAGAAUGAAAGGCGUGCUUUUUAUUUUCUUACUUCGUUACAUUGGUGGCGAAAGAAGUCUGUAUGAAAAUCAGUUCUUUGCUGACACAAGUUCCAUUUGUUACAAAUGAAUUCUAAUAAAAAUGUCAGUGUUAUGCA